GUCCAUGUUUUAGAGACUUGAACAAUUCUUUUUUAAUUUAGAAAAGCACUUUGUAGAUAUUAAGCAUAAAUACAAUUAAGCUGCUUUUAAAUUACAUUAAUCCUGGAGAAAAUGUGUACAUUACAGGAAACAAACAAUGGUAUCUGUUUCUAUUUAAACAGAAGUAAAUCUUUAGAAAAUGCAUGCCAGUUUCAUGGGAAAUUCUGAACACAAGCUAGUAUAUUUCAUAUUGCAGUUCAUCCUAGAAACAAACUCACCCACUUCCUGCAGACCACACAAUUAUUUUAUGGGUUAAAGAAUAAUGUCUGGAUUUUUUUAAAGGUAAUUCAGUGUUUCUUAGCAUAAUUUAAUAUAGUUCAACCCUGUUUAGUAUUUUUAUGUUAACUGCAAACAACUCAGUGUCCUUCUGAUAUCUGAUAGGUUAUGGAGGUCCACUUUUAAGUCUUCUACUAUUACACAGUGGUGAACUCAGAUGAUUGUUUCUUCCAUAUUAUAGUGACAGAAGAUAAGAAGUCAGAACCUGGCACAAAGCAGGGAUACUAUAGAUUCCCCAAAGCCCAGAAGUAUUAGAAGCAGAAGCUGUAACAGAGGUAACAAUUGUAAGCAACACAGUAGAGAAUACAGAAGUGUGAAUACAGAAGUGAAAAUUCUCACAUUGACUAUUCUGAAGGCUUUGCCAGUGAUGUGCUCUGAAACACCCAGAAGCAGCAAACAUUUAGAAAUAUCAGGAACUGAAGAGAAGAAAACAGAGGAAAAGAAAAAAAAGGAAAAGGAAAAGAGGAAGAAAGGACACUGUAUCUUCCCUCAAGAUGGUAAAAAAGGUACUUUGUUAUCUGUUAGUAGAAAAUGAGACUCUUGAGAAGUACAGUUGUUCCCUUUCUUUGGCAUUUUUUUUCAGUAACUAGGUAGACAGGGGAAACAGUUUUCCAGUGAAGUAACAAAUUAUGUUUCAAACACUAGGAAGGGGAGGGAAGAGAGAUAGAGGUUCCUCAUUGUAUUAUCCCACAGUACUCAUGAUCCAAGAGAGGAUAAUCACCAGAGAUGUAGGAGCACCUUUACAAACCUAAUCUGAGGACUUGGAAACUCUCACACAUUUCCUGGAAUUUCUGGUUUUGGCCAUGCAUCACAUGAUGAGUCUGAAAAAGCCCUUCCUGAGGGAAGUUGCUCAAAAAUUAUAUGUCUGCAUAAAAGUGUCAAUUUUGACCAAAAAAAAGUGCUAUGUUUUGGCCAGCGUAGUCGUGGUGUAUAUAGUAAAAUUAAGUCUGUGUUUCAGUGGCAUGACCAUAUUACACAAAAAUAAUACUUUUAAAUAAAUGUUAACAGUAAAUAAUCUUUUUCAUGUCUGCAUAUUUUCAUAUCUACACCCAUGCUUUCUUAAAUCCCAGCAUUACAUGUCAAAAAAUGACCCUUUUCCUGCUGAGCUUCAAAAUUUCAUCUAGAUCUACCAAAUCUGUAAGAUACAAAUCAACCAAAAAAAAGAGAGAGAACAACUGAUUACCUCUUCUAUCAUCUGAGUUACAUGCUGCUAUCAAGAAGUCAUAUUGGCAUAAAACUAGCAGACCAGAAAGAAUAGUCACAUUUUUUCAAAUCAAUUUAGCAGAAGAAUCAUUAUUAGCUACUACCUGUGUUGGAUAUUGAGGACCAAAAUUGCCAGCUGAGAAGAUACCACAUCAAAAUGCUUCAUCUUUAAGCCUGCAGAGUAGUAUGAUUUCCCGGAAAGAAACCACGGUGGCUCAGCGAAUAUCGUCAGCAAAAGUUCACAAAAUUAAAGAGCUGAAGAAUGAAAUAUUUGACUUACAAUGCAAAUUAGAAGCAUCAAGCUUAGAAAACCACAUUUUGAAAGAGCUUCAGUAUCGACACUUGAAAGAAAUAGAUAGAUAUGAAAAUUUAGGAUGUAGCUUGCAGGAUCUCUUAGCAAGUCAUUAUAAUGAGGUGAGAACUUUAAGGAAAAGCCUGAGGAUGUCUCAGGAGGACGAGCGAAAUUCAUCCAGGAAGCUCAGAGAAGUUGAAGCAUCGCUGGUAAAAGCUAAAGGUGCUUUGCAGACCUUACAUACACUUUCAGGAGACAAAACUCUUGCAGAGAGAGAGGAACUUGAUCACAGAUUGUCAGUCCUUACAGAAAAAAUUGAAGUGAAUGAUAAGAGAAUACAGAUCCUGGAAAAGCAGCUGAAGUUGAACAAUAGCAGCUUUAGUCGUCAGCUGGCAAAUGAGAACAGAAAAGCUCUGGAAGCUGGGAUAAUUACAAAGACCUUGCAAAUGGAAAUUAACUCUCUUCACCAAAAAAUUAAGGAGAAAGAUCGUCAACUUUUUAUAAAAAAUAUCUAUGCAAAUCGGAUGCCUAAAAUCCCAAAAGACAAAAGUGAUGCAGUACCUCAUGGAAAAAGCUUCAGUAUACACAGAUCAGUACAAGUAGAUAAAGACAUUUUUAGACCACUGCUGCUGUCAGAGUACGAAGCUCAGGAAACAGAAAGCAGCCCUCUUCAGCUAACAAAGGAGGAAACAUCUCCAGAAGAUAAAAGUAAAAAAGCUGAAGUAAAUGAAGUAUACCCAGAUGCUCAAUGUAGAACAGAAAAACAAUCAACCAAGAAAAUACCAGAGCCAGAAGCUUUUAAUAGGACACAUAGAGACUAUUUACAGGAGGGCAGACUACUGAUGGAAGAACACAUUUGUUUGGAAUUUAUGAAAAAAGAAAAAGAGACAGAUUUGCUUAAACAGGAGCUGAAAGAAGUGAUGAAAACUGAACAAACUCCUCUAAGUGACAGUAUGAAGGAGAACAAUCAAGAGGAAGUUGCAGUGGAAGAAUAUGAGAAAGAAGAAAACAAGCCAGACGAAGAGCUAAGUAACAGUGAGCAGCCAGAGAGUAUCCGUGUGAUUUCAGGUCCAAGAAACAAAACAACCAUUAGGCUGAACAAAAAAUACAUAUUCUCAGAAGCCACUGAGAAUUUGCAUCGUGGGCUUUUUACAUCAGGUACAAGAUCAAAACACAGCAGGCACUGCCAGUACAGGCAGGACUGCAGUGGAACAGCUGAAUCAAAAGUGAAAAAUGCCUUUGGGCUGUAUGAACCAUCUCCUGGUAAAGGCACCCAAAGAAGGCAGAAGGACAGUUCCACUGAAGCAGAAGCUGUGCUCAUAUGACAUUUGUGGAAAGGAAACCAUCUUAAGAAAUUACUCUUUGGACCAGGCUUGUUUUGAAUAUACAACCCUUCCAGUUCUAACAUGGGAAGAAUGAAGAAGUGAAAGGAUACAGGAUUACAUAAGCCAGAUUUCAAACCACCAUUACUAACUCAUCACGUAAAGCAUCUAACAUCAGUCGUUAUGAAUAACCUCAUGAGAAUAUACAAACUAUUUUAUUUGCUACUUAGUUACAUACGUCAAGUAGAAAUAGGGAUCCUUAAAAACUUUUUUUAAAAGGCAAUAUUUUUACCUUCAUUAAAUGCAUAUUAAAUCUUACAAAUACUGGCAAUGUCCCUCAGUGAUUUUUCCAUAAUGGUAAGUCAAGUCAGUUGUCACAAAAGAGCACCUCUCCUAU